AUGUAUCCAAGGUCGAAGAGACAGGCAGUCGAGGAGGAGUGCAAUCUCUACACGCCCAGAGAUUGUUCGGAAUUUCGACCAUCAGAACAGCGCAAUUUCUACGGUUGCGGCCCCACGACACCUUUGUCAUUAGACUACCAGCCUCCACAGCGCCCAUUCCUGCAACACAAAUCUAGUAGAAGCUCCAUCUUCAAGGAAAAUAUCCCGGACAAUGUUGAGGAUGAGCUCAAACGCCCAAAGAGCAGAGACCACCACACCACUCGACCGCCGUCUGCCCGCACACCUGAUGUCCGUCCUGUUUUGCAGACCCAAAAGUCCGACUCGUCUCAACCUGACAAAGCCAAGCGAGGCUCGAGGGUCCUUCAAGCAAUUCAAAGUCUCAACAUGAGAACCCGAAAUAACACUCGCUCGGUGCCAGAACCCCCCACCAGCACGAGCCCUCCCUUAAGUCCACAAGAACUCGACUCGGCGUUUGAGCGAGUCUUAGACUCUCUAAACAUUCCUCUAAACAUGCGUGAUGGCAUGCGAAACCUCAAACCGGACGUCAAGGCGGGACUGAUGAAAGGCGAACGCGUCGGCAGCGGCUCCUCAGCAGCCUCAGGUGCAAGCGAAGUAUCCGAGGUUAGGUCCUCAGCUAGGAAUUCUCACCGAAACGAGAACGACAGGCCGAAAAGCGAGGGUGACGAUAGCAAAGAUCGCAAGCGGUCCCGUUCCCAAUCACGUCCGAGAAGCCGCAUCUUGACCUUGAGCAAACGCGACGAAGACACACCGAGCAAGCAAGACCGUCCCAGAUCGUCGUCUCGCUCACGCAGCAAGUCGAGGAACAAAUCCGCCGACUUGACCAAUUCUAGGCCAACUUCUUUGAAGGCCACGGCCUCGACCGUGUCACUGGCAUCACUGAAUCCGGCAGACAGCGCCGCAGCUCCAGGGGACUUCAUUCAUUACCUUCGAGAAGUGCAGAAGCCUCAGCUGGUCGAAGUCAGCAAGCUCCACAAGUUAAGAAUCCUGUUGAGAAACGAGUCGAUCAGUUGGACCGAUCACUUCGUCAGCAAGGGCGGCAUGGAUGAGCUCGUCCAGUUAUACUAUCGCAUUGGAAAGAUUGAGUGGCGUGAGGAGCAUGAGGACAAUCUCCUUCACGAGACCUUGCUGUGUCUGAAGGGAUUGUGCACAACGUCUCUUGCGCUGCACCGGCUACAGCAGGUCGAAACGGAAUUUUUCCCUGCUCUUUUGAGCAUGCUGUUCGAUCCGGAGAGAAAAGGUCCGUCCGAGUUUAGCACUAGAGGAGUUAUAAUAUCCCUUCUAUUCGCACACCUAUCCGCAGUGGGUGGCGCAGAUCAAGAGCAAGCUGGAAAACGGGCAAGGACGAUUCUACACUUUCUCAGAGACCCGGCGCCGGAGGAAGGCAAGCAGACACUGGAUUUUGUCUCUCAGAUGCACACACCUCGACCAUACCGAGUCUGGUGCAAGGAGGUUGUUAACGUCACCAAGGAAGUUUUCUGGAUAUUCCUGCACCAUCUCAAUGUCGUGCCGAUCAUCGAUGUGGACGAAUCUAUGGGAUACAGGCGGGCACACUUUCCCGCUCCGCGACCACCUCAUCCAGCCGCCCCUUACGUUGGCGGAGUUGAAUGGGAGGCGACGCAGUAUCUCGCAGUCCACCUUGAUCUGUUGAAUGGUCUUAUCAGUUGCAUGCCCAGUGCACGUGAACGAAAUGCCCUCCGGGAGGACCUGAAGCAAUCUGGAUUCGAGAAGGUGAUGGGCGGCAGUUUGCGGACUUGCAAGGAGAAGUUCUACGGAGGCGUCCACGAGGGCCUGAAGUGUUGGGUAUCAGCCGCCAAAGCCGACGGGUGGCCAGUGGAAGAUGUCCGAGCCGGACCUCCCAGAGAAGCCGCAAGUCCACGAAAGAGCCCGGUCAAGAGGAAAGCGGACGAAGUUCCACAGCUCGCUUUGGAUGUUGGUGCAGGUCAAGGGCAGCUGGUGAAGCCUGACGACGGGUGGCUCUGA